UCCGUGGCCCGCUGGCUGACAUUGGUAUAAAAGGGGAGGUUGUUGCGCACACAGCAUAUAUACAGCUGCAUUAGUGGUUGAACUUGCACCUGCUGGUGUUUUUGGGAGACGAAAGAAUAUUAUUGCCUUUAUACAGCGAUUUCUACCAAAAUAUUUGAUCUUGCAGGAAACCAUUCUAUAAACGUCAAAGCUUUGUUUCACAUCGAAACGUCAUCAUAACCUCACGAUGAGGACACACCUAGGCAUCGUGCUCGCAGUUGUUGCACUCUGCCUAAUUACAACAACUAACGCACAACAGCCCUGUAAUCCGGAUCCAUGCCAAAAUGGAGGUAAUUGUUUCGCGUCACACUCUGGUGGCUUCCUCUGUGUCUGUGCUGCCGGAUAUUAUGGGCAACGAUGCGAAAAUCUAGUGACUGCAUGCGCUCCCAACGAUCCAUGUCAGAAUGGUGGGAUCUGCGUGACUUCUACAUCCGCCCCUGAAGGACGAUUAUGCCUCUGUCCGUCUGGCUACUCGGGAGUCAAUUGCUCAGUUCAGGUAAAUCCUUGUUCCCCGGAUCCUUGCGGAAACAACGGCCGGUGCUACGUCGGGUCAACAUCGGGAACCUACCGCUGCGUCUGCCUGACAGGAUACUCCGGGGAUCUCUGCCAGACACAGGAUCCUGUCUGCUCUCCAAACCCAUGCGAGAAUGGAGGCUUGUGCUCAGUUCACACCGAUUCGACGGGUCGCACACCGCGGUGUCAGUGCGCCACAGGUUAUUCUGGGGAACGCUGCAGCGUAACCAUUGCUCCGACUAAUCCCUGCUCCCCGAGCCCGUGUCUCAACGAUGGUCGGUGCUUCGCCGCGACCACAUCGGGAAACUAUUUCUGUGUCUGCCCGACAGGAUAUUCUGGAGUAAACUGCGAAACACAGGCAUCGAUUCCACAAACAAAUGGUUGUGAGUCGAACCCGUGCGUCAACGGUGCCACUUGCAUGGUCUCCUUCGACAACUCGUCUCUCUACCAUUGUAUUUGUCCGCCAGGAUACCAGGGAGAGAACUGUCAUGAGGCCUCUUGUGCUAGCUCACCAUGUUUGAACGGCGGUACGUGCCAGCGUGUCAUGGGUGGGUUCCGAUGCGAGUGCGCCCGGGGCUAUGGUGGCAUAUUGUGCCAAACGAUGGUAACUUGUGACAUCAACCCGUGCCAGAACGGUGGAUUGUGCUACAGUGAUGCCCAGGGUGGGGCGACUUACAUGUGCCGGUGCCCCAACGGGUUCAGAGGUGACGAUUGUGACACAAGAGAUCCCUGUACCAGCAAUCCUUGUGGCAGCAAUCGCAGAUGUUUAAUGGAGGACGAUGGUUCCUUUGCUUGCAUGUGUCGAUGCAGAGAAGAUGGAACAUGUGAAACCCCAGAUUCAGUUUGUACAAGCUCGCCCUGCCAAAAUGGCGGCACCUGCCGAACCAACACUCAGGGUUACAUCUGUCAAUGUCCUCAAGGCUAUACAGGUGUCUACUGCGAGGUCCGCAUUGACGGACCGAAUGCCUGCUCUAGCAACCCCUGCCUAAAUGGCGGCAACUGCCAAACCAACACUCAGGGUUACAGCUGCCAAUGUCCCCAAGGCUAUACAGGUGUCUACUGCGAGGUCCGCAUUGACGGACCGAAUGCUUGCCCUAUUGACAAUCCCUGCCAAAAUGGCGGCAGUUGUACUCCCUCUGGAAGUGGCUUCUUGUGUACCUGCCCACCGGGAUACUACGGGGUUCUGUGCCAGAAUGCUGUUUGCAGCAGCUUAUCGUGUCAAAACGGCGGCACCUGCCAGCCUUACAACGGCGGAUACCGGUGUCAGUGCCCCCAGGGAUACUCCGGGCCCAAUUGCGAGAACAGCGUACCGACGGACGUUGGCUGCCGGGCAGACCCUUGCCACAACAAUGGGACUUGCUUCGAUUCAGGCUCGACACCUGGAGCCUACACUUGUUUUUGUGCGGUAGGAUUCUCCGGGACCAAUUGUGACCAAGCUUAUUGUCUGGGCUCAUCUUGUCAAAAUGGUGGCACUUGCCAACCUCGUACCAACGGUUACCAAUGCCAGUGCGCACAGGGCUUCACUGGAACGUAUUGCGAGUCCCGGGUAGGAGGUCAGGAUGACUGCUCCUCAAACCCAUGUCAAAAUGGCGGCAGCUGUCAACCUCGUACCAACGGUUACCAAUGCCAAUGCGCACAGGGCUUCACUGGAACGUAUUGCGAGUCCCAGAUAGGAGGUCCCGAUGCCUGCUCCUCAAACCCAUGUCAAAAUGGCGGCAGUUGUUCAUCCUCUGGAAAUGCAGUGUUGUGCUCCUGCGGACAGGGAUAUUCUGGAAUCCGAUGUACAAUAACGGACGCAUGCUUACUCAACCCAUGCAUGAACGGCGGCGCCUGUUCGCCAACCCCGUCCAACGCCGGGGCUUUCACGUGUAUCUGCCCGCAAGGAUUCAACGGAGAUUUCUGCCAAUCUCACCAGGCAUGUUUGAGCUCGCCGUGUUUCAACGGGGGAACCUGCCUGCCCCAAGGUGCAGGUUACCGGUGCCAAUGCCAACAAGGAUACAUCGAUGCCCGAUGCGAGACAAUGGGUGGUGGCCCGGAGAACGGCUGCUCGUCUAACCCGUGUCAAUACGGUGGAACAUGUCAGCCGAAUGGUCCCACAAACUACGCGUGUCAAUGCACUCAAGGAUUUUCAGGGGUCCACUGUGAGAAUGCUGCGUACCCACCCUGUGCAACACUGAUGGUAGAAAGCGACAAUUGUGGCAGCCAUGGCCAGUGUGUGAUGGCGGCCGACAACCAGGCCGGAUGCCAAUGCAACGCUCCGUACUUCGGGGUUUACUGCCAGUUUGACUCCACCUCGAUCCCCCCGUUCAUGGUGGCGUUCUUCUGCCCCUCCACGUCGGCUAGGAAGGCUACGUUCAUCGGCUGCUACGCGGUGCACCGCGAGUCUGGAGGAUGCAGCGGUCAUGGUUGUUGCAGCUGGGAUUCCAGGGGCGGGGAAAAAUGCGAAUGUUUCAGGGGGUAUGGAGGCGCUCACUGCCAAUACCGUACGGACGACAACGGUGCAUCAGGUGGAAGUGGAACUGGUUCCGGAUCUGGGAAUGGUACUGUAACGGCCCCUGGGGCAGGAGUCAGCAUUCCACUGGAUGGCGGCAAUGUUAACCCACCACCGGCUGAUUGGUACUGCGAUCCUGAAGAAGCCGAAAACGUUGUGUACUGUCCGCGGGUGGCUAGGGACACCAACUACUGCAGCAAUAACGGGUGCUGCAGGAAAGACCACGAGGGGUUCAGGUGCGAGUGUGUUCCUCCCUAUAUCGGCGCCGAUUGCUCACGGACGCCUGUCCCUGACGCUUAAUAAUUCUCCCUCUCCAGAACAAAACUUUCCAUUGCAAACAUUUCGUAUUAAAAGCUGUGAGCCGCCUAGUUUGCACCUUGACGAACUAGUGUUUGAAAUGACGAAGAAAAUAAUCACUCGAGUACACAUUCUUGGCUAUAAACGCUCUGUUACUGCUAUUGAUCAAAACGUCGGUAGGCCACGCACAAUGAUUACAGGCCGUCUAACAACCCUAGGUGGAGAAAACAAAUGUGUGUAAGUACGUUUUCUCAUCAAAGAAAACAAAGACACUUUUUACAACUGUUCUUGGCAACAUUAUACACAACGGCCUUACGCCAAUCAUGCACGUACUAAUUAAGUAUGAAGAAAGUGGCCUGGUACAUGUAGGCCACGGGCCACUUCUGGCCAGCAAUUAUUGUUUCCUCUCAAUUGGCCAGUGAAACAUUAAUGACAUGUUCUUGUAAAAACAGACACUUAAAGCGUCUUUGUCUCAGGGUCUAAGAACUCUUGGCACUAGUCUUUUUACGUGUAAAUAUGGUAAAAAAAAUAGUGGUGAGUUUGGAGGUCAAUGUUUAGUAACUCGUUUAUCGUUUUAUUAAAACCUUACAAUUUGUUGAUCUGUGGUUGCUGGAUCUCUGUUGAAGUCGUUGGGAGUUUUACACAUUUGUGUAGCCGCGUACCAGGAUUUAAGAAAAAAAUAUUAAGGUUUAAAUCGUCUUUUUUUAUAAAUUUAUUCUUAAAACAGGAGAUGUAUAUUCACCAUUUUAUACCUUUAACGAAACCUCACGUUUUUCUUAUUUUAUUCUAGUUGCAGAUCAGCUCUGCAUGACAAUUUAUUAUAAUUAUUCGUAUUCCUUUGAUUAGAUUUGCUGAUGUCAGUGUCUGUGACACUGUACAUUUAAAAUAUAGUGAAGUUGAUUACUGCACUUUUUUGUUUCAAAAGCGAUGGUAAUUUAUACCGUGAAAAUUAAUACAAUUGCUGCAGACUGCUUAGGCUAUAUCAGUUAGAUAAUUAGAUGAGAUCUUUUAUGCGCUGUUUACACAUUUUAUUACAAUGGCUAAAAUAUAUAUGUUGAUUGGUUUUUAAUAAGAAUAAUAAGAAGAGAUUUAUGUACAUAAGUAUCAUAGCGAAAAACACAUUUUUUUUUGAUUUCGUAUAUCCAAUAAUUAACGAGACUGGAUGGGCCCAAACACAGUAUAUCUUUAUUAAGAUGUCCAGCUAGACUGGCAUAUAUGCAUAUAACGGGGUUUUUGUUCUACGUAAAAGAGUUGUGUUUAUUGGCUUUAAUGUUAAAAUAAAUCGAUCCAUACCCUCGAAAUGUA